UUAAACAAAAUAACACUGUUUCAUUAAUUGAUUGUGAAUCACGUAUCUCGUUUCACAUCCCCCAGUCUAAAAAACGGUUUGUUUAUAGCCACAUUAUCUUCGAGUGCGUUAUAUAGGGCGUAGGCGUACCAUCGGGCUGGAUCCACCUUAAAUAAUAUGGCUGCCGAGAUAAAACCAGCUCAGCGGACCAACAAUGAUCGCUUUAACACCUCCAAAAAGCCGGAAUUGCUGAGUAAGCUGGAGGGCAGCAGCGACGAUGUGAACGCAGCAAUCCUAAUUCCUGGCGAAAACGGCGUAAUUAGCGUUUCCGAUGACAAAACCGUUCGUGUUUGGCUGAAACGCGAUUCUGGCCAAUAUUGGCCGAGUAUUUGCCAGUAUAUGCCUUCCGGCUGCACGGCCAUCGAGUACGUACCGGAAUCCCGGCACCUGUACGUCGGCCAGGAGAACGGAACGGUCACACGGUCACAGUCCCAUCAAGCCCGCGUUGUGGCAGUGGUUUUUUCGAAAACCCACAAGUGGGUACUCUCUGCCGGCAAAGAUAAGCAGUUCGCCUAUCAUUGCACGGAGAGCGGUAAACGGGUGGGCGGAUACAACUUUGAGACACCAUGCACGGCUCUACAGUUUGACGCUUUAGCCAAGUAUGCCUUCGUGGGCGAUCAUGCUGGACAAAUAACAAUGCUAAGGUGUGAUGUUCAAGGAGUGCAAUUAAUCACCACUUUCAAAGGGCAUACAGCGGAAAUCCGGUGUCUCAGAUGGGUGGAAGGCCCCCAGCUGUUAUUCAGUGGAGCGUGCGAUCAGUCCGUGAUAGUUUGGGACGUGGGUGGCAAACGUGGCACUAUUUACGAGCUACAGGGACAUAGCAACAAAGUUUCCGCCCUGUCGUACGCAAAUCACACCCAGCAACUGAUAAGCUGUGGCGAAGAUUCUGUGGUGGUGUUUUGGGAGAUGAAUGCAAUGCGGAAAGAAGUUCCUGGCUGGGUGGAGUCCAACAACUGCCAGCUUUGCUCAAGGCCCUUCUUUUGGAACUUCCGCUCAAUGAUGGAUCAAAAGCAGCUAGGAAUUCGGCAGCAUCAUUGUCGCCACUGCGGCAAGGCAGUGUGCGACAACUGUUCAACCAAUCGCAUUAACAUACCCAUAAUGGGCUUCGAGUUUGAUGUUCGUACCUGUGAUCCGUGCUACAAACAACUUCAGACCGUCGAGCGCCCCUCGCUGGCCUCAUUCAAUGAUGCCAAGCACUCGAUCGUCUACAUGGACCUUGACGAAGACAGGAAGCGUCUGUUGACAGUGGGCCAAGACAGGCUCAUCAAGAUCUGGGAUCUCUCCAACAUCUGGGCAUAAAACAUCCUGUACGCACACGCACGUACCAAAGGUAUAAUCAUUCACGAGGCGUUUCGGUCUUAACUGGAUCGCCCAAUUAACGAACGAUGUGGCUGGCAAAGACGAAAUCCAGUCCCUGCUAGGUUCUCAUAUAUUUGAUGUAAAGCAAUAAUUAUUGUAUGUACGUAUGCUUACAUUGAACAUAAAUACACGAAUCCAUCGAUAAA